AUGCCGGCAACAAAACAAUUUCCCACAAAGCUUGUCCAUACUCUCAAAACGCACAAUGGACCGGUAAAUGCUGUGAUUUUCUCGAGCUCUCCAGGUACUUAUGUCCUCACCGGUUCCGCUGAUCGCGCCGUUCACCUCUCGCGCGCCAUCCCGAGCAACAGCUCUGCUACUGGUCUUGAGACAGCCUCCCCAAUCCAAAAGUAUGAGGCGCACGGGUACUCAGUCCUAGACGUGGCUGUCGCAGCGGACAAUGCGCGGUUUACAAGCGUCGGCGGAGACCGCCAGGUAUUCUUGUGGGACGUCGAACAAGGAUUGACUACACGGCGAUGGGCCGGACAUAACGCCAGGGUCGAGGCCGUACAGUUCGCUGGCGAGGGUGAUUCCGUGGUGGUAUCCGGAAGCGCAGACACAACCAUCAACCUGUGGGACACCCGGUCCAAAUCACACAAACCCAUCCAGACCCUCACCGAGGCGGGCGAUACCGUUUCCUCGCUACACGUACACAUGCCGACGUAUUCUAUCGCAAGUGGAAGCUAUGAUGGUCGCGCUCGCAUCUACGAUGUCCGCAUGGGUCGGACAACCGUGGACGUCCUUGCUCACCCCGUCACGAGCGUCCGGUGCUCUGCGGAUGGCAAUGCCCUGCUGGUUUCUACACUCGACAGCCGGAUCCGGAUGCUGGACCGGGCAGACGGUAAGCUGCUCAAGGCUUUUGGAGGCGAGGAGGGUCUCGAGCAAAGCACUGCCGGUGCGACGGCGAUGUACCGCAAUAGCGAACUUAGGAUUCGGUCUGUCUUUGCCAAGGGAGACGCCGUCGUUCUCAGUGGCAGUGAGUUGGAGGAAGGUCAUCGGUCGCCACAGGCUCAUGUCUUUGCUUGGGAUGUGCUCAGUGGAGAGAUUAUCGCGACUGUCCCGGCCGGGGAUGGAGUGAAGGUUGUUAGCUGCGUAGCAUGGAACGAGAAAGGAGGCUGCUGGGCUGGGGGCUGCUCCGAUGGCACCGUCAAAAUCUACGGCUGA